AGCUUUAGUUCAUGUUCUGGAACUUGUCUGGCUUUACCGGACGGCUUCAGUCACUCGAAAUGAUUUAUGAACAUUCCGUUAUGUUCGUGUAAAUAAGCUAUACUGUAUGUAACGCUUGUGUAGCAUGCAGUUUUUCCAUAUGCUCGCAAGAACCGUAUUAGGCUGCAGUGAACGGAAUGCAUAAUUACGCGUAAUUUGGUUUUGAAGAAGUAUUUUCUCUUGCAUCAGAGAAGACAUGAGUUGCUUGCUAAAAUGGGCAGCUUUCCUCUGGAUCGUACAUACCAUUCCUUACACUGUUGGAAUGGCAGUGAACGAAAGAAUAGACAACUCUAGAUGUCCUCCAUUGAAAGUAGACAAGGACCGGUUUUCCUACAGUUUAACUGGUCCACAGCCAGAAUUCAUCGGUUUUGAUCUGACAGAAAAGUUUCUCCUGAGAAAGGGGGCAGUGACAGAGGAGCGACCAUCAUUCCGGCUGGGGAGCAGCCCCCUCAUCAAGCCAACAGAAUUGGUGUUCCCCAACGGUCUGUCCAGUGAAUACUCUCUAGUUACCACCUUCCGGCUGAGGAAAACCACAAAGAAAGACCGCUGGUAUCUGUGGCAGAUAUUUGACCAGACGGGAGGUACACAGGUGUCUGUAGUGUUGGACGGUGCUAAACGAGCAGUGGAGUUCUCAGCCCGGGGCCUUCUGAAGAACAGCCUCCACUACACCUUUAAGAGCCGAGACCUGCACACCCUGUUUGACCGCCAGUGGCACAAGCUGGGUGUGGCGGUCCAGAGCAGCAUCGUCUCCGUUUACAUGGACUGUAAACUAAUAGAGAGGAGGCUGACAGACGAGAAGGAUGAAAUCGACCCCAGCGGAUAUACACUGAUUACAACCCGGGUGGAGGAUGGACGGCCUGUAGAUAUCGAACUGCAACAAAUACUGAUCUACUGUGACCCAUACCUGGCUGAGAUGGAGAACUGCUGUGAGCAGGCAGGAUCUACGUGUGAGCCUAGCAGGGAGGACCCUGGUGCUGGAGGGGUGACUCCCAAUCCCUUGGAUACAGCUGGAGCAGGCCUGCUCCCCCAGAUGCUCUCCCAGCCCGUCCAGCCAGCCCAGGUCCAGCGGUUCCAGCAUUCCAGCAGUGACAGAUGUCAAUGUUCAGCAGAGAAGGGUGAUCAAGGUCUACCAGGCUUGGCAGGACUUCCAGGACAGAAAGGAGAUCAAGGAGACAAGGGAGAGACCGGGAAAGACGGGUUCCCUGGAAACUCUAGCCAGAAGGGUGACCAGGGUGUUUCUGGCUCACCAGGUCUGGAUGGUAUUGCUGGACAGAAGGGGGAGGCAGGAUCAAACGGGUCUAAGGGGAUCGAUGGAGCAAUGGGUGAAAAGGGAUCAGCUGGGGAGCCUGGUGCGGAAGGGAAACCUGGAAUAAAUGGCUUGAAAGGAGACUCAGGUCCUAUUGGCCCCAAAGGUGAUCAAGGUGAUAUGGGUCUUCAAGGUCUGCCUGGGCUAAGUGUGGAGAAAGAGGGACUCAAGGGAGAUCAGGGAUCCCCUGGGUUGCCAGGUCAGACGGGGGCUCUGGGCAAAGAGGGCAAAAGGGGUCGUCGAGGGAAGACAGGGGAACCUGGACCCAGAGGCCUACCUGGGGUGAAGGGUGACUCUGGCGUCCCAGGAGGCAAAGGAGCUCAAGGAGAUCCGGGUCAGCCAGGUGGAGACGGGGCCUCUGGGAUGAAAGGACAAAAGGGGGAAGAAGGCCUAAGAGGACCACCAGGACCGGUGAUGACAGCUCAUGGACUGGGACAUCUGUCUGGCUCUGAGGCUGAAUUAGGAGAGAAGGGCCAGAAAGGAGAAAUGGGUGAUCCAGGACAAAGAGGACUCCAAGGACCACAUGGUUUCAAGGGAAGCCUAGGACUACCGGGUCCAAAGGGAGAGCCCGGCCCAGAGGGUAAAGAAGGUCCUCCUGGACUCAUCGGACUCCCAGGGAUUCCAGGAGACACGGGUUCGUCGGGGGACCAGGGAAUACCUGGAAGAGACGGUCUUAAAGGAAACAAGGGGGACUCUGGAGGUGUGAUGGGACCCCAGGGCCUGCCUGGACCCAAGGGAGAGCCUGGAGAGCCAGUAGCUGAACAUCUGGAAGAGGGGAUGACAUCUGGACCCAGAGGAUCACGAGGGCCAAAGGGUGAGCGUGGCGUCCCUGGUGUACCAGGAGACCUAGGGGAGAAAGGAGAGCCUGGUCUGGGAGUUGAAGGACCUCCUGGCCCCAUGGGACAGAGAGGAGAGAGAGGAUUUGAGGGACCUCGUGGACCCUCCGGAUUCUCAGGCCCUGCUGGGACCCCGGGGAGAGAGGGAUCCCCUGGUCGAGAAGGUCCCCCGGGUCCACCUGGCCCCCCGGGUCAACCAACUGCCUUGCCAAUAGUUGGAGAUAUGAGCUCUUUACUCAAGCAGAAUGCCUGCACUGUGUGCCAGACCAGAGUGCCAGGUCUGUCUGGGCAGAAGGGCGAGAAGGGAACCCAUGGAGCGACAGGAGUGCAAGGCAUGGUGGGAGAAAAGGGGGAUCCAGGAGUGCGAGGACCUCUCGGUAAUCCAGGAAAAGAAGGUCCAAAGGGGAUGAAAGGAGAGAGAGGAUUCCCUGGACCUAGUGGAGACAAAGGAGAUGAGGGCUCUCCUGGAGUUCCAGGAAUUCUGGGUGCAACAGGCCGUACUGGAUCCCCUGGUGUCAUUGGCAGACCUGGGCCAAUGGGUCAGCCGGGAACAAAGGGAGAGCGGGGCAGUGAAGGCUCCCCUGGAAGGCCAGGACUACCAGGCCCCCCAGGUGUCCCCUAUGUGGAGGGCAAUGGGAUGAGCAGUCUGUACAAACUGCAGAGUGGAGGAGCCAUCUCAGGACCCCCUGGAGCACCAGGUGCACCAGGCCCCAAAGGAGACGAGGGAAGAGUGGGAGAUCCUGGAUCCAUGGGUUUACCUGGACUAGAAGGACUACCUGGAGCCAAGGGUGAUCUGGGGAUGACUGGAACCCCUGGAAUACCUGGGCCUUCAGGGAAACCUGGAGCUCGUGGUGAUACGGGGAUCCCUGGGGAACCGGGUGAGAGGGGCCCACUGGGGGAGACAGGAUUCCCAGGUCCUGAGGGACCCCAAGGUGCUCCUGGGAGGCCGGGGAAAGAUGGACUUCCUGGGUACGAGGGAGCCACAGGUAGACCAGGAGACAGGGGAUCCAAGGGAGAACGGGGGGACCCAGGGAUACCUGGAGCGAGGGGAGUCCAAGGGGAGAGGGGAAGGACAGGAGACCCAGGAAUAGUGGGACCUAUUGGGCCCCAAGGCCACCGAGGAGACCCUGGUCCCCCAGGUCCCAUAGCAUCACCAAGCCCUUUGAAUGAUGCCAAUUCCAUGGAGGAAAUUAAAAUGUUUAUCCGGAAUGAAGUAUUGCGGUUGUUUGAAGAGAGACUAUCAAGCCAUGCCAUGCAGAAGACGCCGGCAGCCAUUUUAGCGGCGCAGGUUCGACAGGGUUCUCCCGGUCCCCCUGGCAACGACGGAUCCCCAGGGCCUCCAGGGGAAGAAGGCCCCCCCGGCCCUCAAGGGUACAGAGGUCAGAAAGGAGAGAGGGGUGAGCUAGGUCUGGGGAUACCAGGAGCUCCAGGUCUGGCAGGUCCACCAGGUGAACCUGGAAGCAGUAUCCAGGGGCCACCGGGCCCUUCAGGUCCCCAGGGACCUCAUGGUAAAUGUGAUCCCAGUGACUGUCUCCAUCCAUCCUCUCACUCCAGACGGAACGGCUAGGGGCCCCCCUCAACUGAUAGGGGACCCUUCAACGAAUAAGGGCCCUCUCAAUAGCUAGGACCCAGGGGCCCCCUCCACCCAUCCAGCCUCCAUCUCUCUACAGCAGUCAACCAUAGACACAGGAGCCGGGCGUGUGGAGCCUGAUCACUCAGACAGCUCAUAUCAGACAGACACUAUCGUCCUUGUGGUCAGUUUUACAUUGAAAACACUCAUCCUCUGUUAUUGCUUUACAUGGGAAAGACUCACAACCAGAAAUAGAUACAAUAACAAUGGUGUAGGAUGAAAUUUCCCAUAGACGCUGAUCUUGGGUCAGUUUCGCAUUUUCCCCACUAAUUGUUAAGAUUAGCAUUGGGGGAGGGUAAGCUGUUCCUAGAUCUGUACCUAAGGGAAACUUCACCCUGGAGCGCUCGGCUUUUGGUUUUCUUAUGACCAUAGAAGCAUUGAAAUGCAAUUAUUUGUUACUUUACGUUGAUGGUUAUUCUAUUCAUUUUAAAUGUGUCACAGUCCAUUAUUAUUGUCAUUAUAGCUAUGAUGAUCAUAUGAAGUACUGUUUCAUUUAUUUAUUGUUUUCACAACUCCCCUGCUGUGACCUGAUGCAUUCCAUAUUAAUUCACAUUAAGUCUUUCGAGGCAGUAAAUUAAUUUGUUUCUUUAAAUAAUACUGUCAGGAGAAAACAUUUUCUCAAUGAUUUGUCAAUGCUUGUUUAUGGGGAUAGCUAUGCACACGUUUGGUCUCAUUUGAUAUUUUCGUUAUGUGUGUGUGAGCUGGUAAACAGGCAGUCUGAAAUGUGAGUGUUUGUGUAUGACUAAUCAAUAUUCUUAGUGUGAACUGUUUAUGCAUACCAAAGUGAAGGAGGUUCAUAUAACAUGAAUAUAUUUAUGAAUAUAUAUUUCAUAUAUUAAUAUAUAUUUCAUCAAUGAAAGGGAUAUUUGUGAAACGUAUUAGAUUGAAGCUAGCUACAUGAUUUGAUCCAGUUACAUAACAUAAUGAAUAUCUUGUAGUGUAAUUCAUUACUAGAGCUUUGCUCAUAAAUUUUAUAAAGUUUUGAGAAUGCUAAAUAUUCUGUGUUUCAAAACCUACCAGUCAGAUAUAUUGCAUGAUACUGUUGUAAUUGUAAAGGGAUGGUCUUGUAUCAAAACAGAAUACUGGGUUCCUCUCUCGUCACACCCUACACUCUAGGUACUUUAUGUCAGGCGUUACUCACUGAGAUCUCUCCACAUACUAUACACCUCAACAUGUAGUGUUCAUAACAGACUAAUUGAGUAGCCUGCUAGAUUGGGUUCUGAGUUCUGAUAUUAUUCAACAGGUAACAUCGCCUGACUGUUGCCAUAUCUCAAGACAACCAGCACAACAUGAUCAAGGGUAAAACACUAGCUUAAUGCCAACUGAAUGUAGUUUGUGAAGGCUUGGUCAAGUUGACAUUUCUUCCAUGUACAGUUUAUGUGUAAGUGUGUAUAUUAUGCUAAUGUCGUAUCACCUCACGUUCACAUGAAGUUAGCCGCGAAGACUUCAAUGUAGAUUUCUUGCAGUCAUACAUAUGGCUAACAUGAAGUAGGACAGUUUCCCUUUAUCCAUGGUCUUGUCUCCAAAGAGGGCAGACAAAUACAUGUCAAAUACUACAGCGAUUGAUUGAAAUUGCCCAGUACAAUGAAACCAAUAGAAUAUGGUAUGAUUGGAGAUGUUGUUACAUCGCUGCUCUUUUGGCAACAUGGUCUCAUUAGAAUAUGUCCAAAAAAUUGUGCCAUUUAACCACGUUCUGUGGACGUAUUACUAAUUCGUCACUAAGUUAGACGUCAUGAUGACAUAUUAGCUACUUAUAUGUCACUAAGUUAGACAUCACUUAUAAUGACAUAUUAGUUACUUAUAUGUCACUAUAAUGUCUGCUUAUGGGGUCAGAUUCAUGAUGUGAGUCAGCUUUUAUUGUUUACAUGGAGAGUAUACAGCUGAUUCCUCCAUCAGAACUGUGUGUACAUCAGUCUACAUGGAGAGUAUACAGCUGAUUCCUCCAUCAGAACUGUGUGUACAUCAGUCUACGUGGGAGUAUACAGCUGAUUCCUCCAUCAGAACUGUGUGUACAUCAGUCUACAUGGAGAGUACACAGCUGAUUCCUCCAUCAGAACUGUGUACAUCAGUCUACAUGGAGAGUAUACAGCUGAUUCCUCCAUCAGAACUGUGUACAUCAGUCUACGUGGGAGUAUACAGCUGAUUCCUCCAUCAGAACUGUGUGUACAUCAGUCUACAUGGAGAGUAUACAGCUGAUUCCUCCAUCAGAACUGUGUGUACAUCAGUCUACGUGGGAGUAUACAGCUGAUUCCUCCAUCAGAACUGUGUGUACAUCAGUCUACAUGGGUGCUAUGUGUAUAUUUAGAUUUUGAAGCCAUAAGAGGUGAUCUUUCUUAUCUAAUAACAACACUGCAAUAUUUUACUUCUGAGUUUUCUUUCUUUGUUUUCUUGGUGGGUCUUUACUUGAACUCUUAUUUUCUGAAAGUGUUUUUAUUUUUAUUUUUACCAUAUCUGUACAUUACUGCUCAGAUACGUAUUUCUCCCUCAACUCUUCGACCAUGUAGCAUUGUUUGUCACUGUAUACAUAUAUAUUAUGUUGCUGUGUCUUAGACUGGAGGUUUUUAUAUUUUAUUUGUUGUGUGUCUGAUUGGAAAGUAAUAAGCUAAGAAUCAAGGACAUUCAUUAAAUAUCUAUGUGUUCUUUCUUCACAAAUGUUAUCAGAGUGCUCUCUCUGUCACUCAGGCCUCAAUUCAAUCAAACAUGCACUUAGGUGUUUCAUUUUGCCCCAGUGACCUAAAACCGUACCUUUUUGUGAAAAGUCACGGUAAAAACAGCCGGUAGACUGUCGUCAUAGAGAUCGAUAAGAUGUGUGUUUCCAGACACAUUCAGUAGUUAAACAAAGGUACUAUUCAAUAACUCUAUUAUUGUCGUCUCCUAAACCCGACCCUAGGCAGUACUGGAUACAAUGCGUCUGGGAGACUAAUACUAAUGUAUGUUUGAUUGGAUAUGUACCCUCAAAGGCAAUGAUUUAAGUUGGAGAAAGUACGUGGGUGGAGAUGACACUUUGUGAUGUUUAAAAUGUCUCUUUUGCCUUCUUUUAUCGGUCUAAGGCACUGCAUCACAGUGCUUGAGGCGUCACUACAGACCCGGGUUUGAUCCCAGGCUGUGUCACAGCCGACCGUGACCGGGAGACCCGUGAGGCGGCGCACAAUUUGGCCCAGCGUUUUCUCUGACACAUUGGUGGGGCUGGCUUCCGGGUUAAGCGAGCAGUGUGUCAAGAAGCAGUGCAGCUUGGCCAGGUCGUGUUUCGGAGGACGCAUGGCUCUAGACCUUCGCCUCUCCCGAGUCCAUACCAGAUUUGCAGUGAAGUGAUGGGACAAGCCUGUAACUACCAAUUGGAUAUGAUGAAAUUGGGGUUAAAAAGGGGUAAAAAAUUCAAAACAAUGUCACACUACUGCGCUCCAAUUUCUUUGAGUUGGAGAUUUUCUCUUAGUAUUUCAGAGCAUCAAAUUGAUUGAGGUUCUUUGAAGAUGGCUUGGUGACAGUGGAGGCUGCUGAGGGGAAAACGGCUCAUAAUAAUGGCUGGAACAGAACAUAUGUAAUGGCAUCAAACACAUGGAAACCAUGGAAACCAUGUGUUUAAUGUAUUUGAUACCAUUCCGCUCCAGCCAUUACUAUGAGACCGUCCUCCCCAAUUAAGUUGCCACCAACCUCCUGUGCUUGGUUAUAUGUAUGGCUCAGGUCAUUUUAUGUCAAUGAGGUAACUGCAUAUUCAACCCUUUGACUUUUACAGAAGACAUUAGCUAAUUGGUUAACAACAUUGAGGCAUUUCUUUAUUUCCAUGUCACACUGUUACUGCUUGCUCGUUUUGUUGGCAUCUCAACGUGAACAUUUUAUGUGGCUAAAUGAUACUACCGGAAGUAAGACACAAAGGCUGCGUUUACUCAGGAAGCCCAAUUCGGAUUCUUUUGCCCAAUUAUUGGCAAAAGAUCUGAUUGGUCAAGAGACCAAUAUUACAGCAAAAGAUCAGAAUUGGCUGCCUGUGUAAACACAGCCAUAGGCAGAAUGUCACAGAAUAUGGUGAGCUGCUUCUCGUGUCCUUACUUCAUUUGUGAGUGGACAGGGCCCUCUAGUGUUCAUUUGAAGAUUGUUUGCUAUAUUGAUUAACAUUUUAUUUAAAAUAAUGAAUCAUCUGAUGUGUUGUAUUAACUUGUGCUAAUUUCCACAUUCCAACACCCGUCCUUAGAUGAAUGAUGAUGGCUUGACGUGGUUAGUUUGUUAGCCUUGAAACCAAGCUGAGAUGUACCCUUUCACCAUUGUGGAUUCCAGGCUAGUAGUAUGUUUUGCUGUGUGUGUUUUCAGAGCAAACUCUCUUGAAGGAGAUCGCUUAAAGAUCCAAUGCAGCUGUUUUUAUCUAAAUAUCAAAUCAUUUUUGGGUAAUUAAGUACCUUACUGGGAUUGUUUUCAAUUAAAAUGGUCAAAAAGAAACAAAAUAGCUUUUUAGCAAAGAGACAUUUCUCAAGGAAUAAUUUUGCUAGGACUGUCUGGGAGCGGUGAUGUCAUCGUGCAGGCCAAAACUCCAUCCCAUCUUCUCAAACAGCUCUUACACUAAAAGUACAAUUUCACAGUAUUAUUCCAACCUCACAGUUUAAAAAAAAAUAAUAAUAAUAAUUAUAUAUAUUUAUAUAUUUAUAUCAGGUUUUUGACUGCAGUGGGCCUUUAAGUCAUGGUCAUGAAUGUUUUUCCUCUUGUUAUGUUGAGUUGCAGAAGCAUGUUGUAGUAGAUGUUGUCAUUUUAAAAAGAAAUCAGCUUCAAUGUUUACCCAUUGAAGUAAAUAGGUCAAGACAGUCAUGAAUGUUGUUUUUCCUCUUGUAACAUCCAAGAUGACUGCCUUCGUAUUGAAGCUGAAGUAUCAGUACAUUGUUGUACACUUUAAAAGCAGCUUCCAGUCUCAAUACAAGUCCAUUUAUACUCUGAAAGGUUGCCAUGAGUUCUAGGUUCACCUGAUUGUCUGCUUCACUAUGGGUUCACCUCUAGGUUCACCUGAUUGUCUGCUUCACUAUGGGUUCACCUCUAGGUUCACCUGAUUGUCUGCUUCACUAUGGGUUCACCUCUAGGUUCACCUGAUUGUCUGCUUCACUAUGGGUUCACCUAAUUUAUUCUGUUUUCUCUGCUAUUUGUCCAUGGCAUUCCCUGAAUGAUAAUGAACAAUCUGUCCAUACCAUAGUAGUAAAGCAAGGGGCCCUAGUUACCAUGGCUGCUGCUGUGUAGCAGGGCUUAUGAAAGGGAUAGAAACAGAACAGCUCUACUAGCACUACCUACAGUACCUAGGUUGGGGUCAAUCCCAUGACAAUGCUCUCAUUUCAGGAAGUAAACUGAAAUGGAUUUCAAUGACAAGAAAUGUUAUUUGUUUACUUCCUGAACUGGGUGAAUUUAAAUGGGAUUAGCCCCAACCCUGCUACCUAACCUUGUUGCCUUCGGGAAAACACCUCUACGGUGUCCAUAUUAGGACAGUCUCAGUCUCAUCAGGAGGUGUGUCUGUCCUAAUAUGGACACCAUACAAACACUUCAAAAGCUUCAUACAGAGAAGUUUGUUCAACUCAACAACCGAUUCAUUUUCACUGUUCUAUUAUCUCCAUGGUCUUCUGAACUUGUCAGUCAACACUUUGUGGAGAAGAAGACCACUCCAUGUAUUUAGUAUUUUCUUUUAACAGCGUGUUUUAUCUCAUUAUCUUGGUAAUUUAUGUACUUUGUUAUUUGUGUUUGAGUGUGAUAAUUGUUAUUUUAAUUUGAUGGUCUACCUCAUCUGAGGCUAUACGGCUAUGCCAUACACAUACUAGUUUAGCCGGCGUGAUGUUACACUCUGGCCGUACCACUAUCCUACUACACUGCUACUUUAAAGCUAACGGUUUAAAUUCACCUCAAGACUGAAAUGCUAAACGUAAUGGAUAGAAAAUGGUGUUCACUAUAGGCCUAUUGAAUUGGUGCCAAGCUAGUCAUCUUUUCUUGAUCAUUUUUGAAAGCCUAUACUUAGAAGUUGUGAACCACUGUUUGACCAUAUAGUAGAGGUUGUACAGCAAUUUUAAGUGUAAUAUUUUUCCAACAAUUCUUUUGACUUUACAGCAUUCUGUGAAAACCCUGUUGAUUUUACACUCUGAUUACCGAUACCUGCCUUAAAUCUGUACGACAAUAAUUUCUUACAUUUCAUGUGUUUUAUUUGCUUAUAAUGACCUACUCAGAUUACACAUUGGUGUGUCACUAUCAAAAUGUGAAUAAAAUACGAUAUCUUGCUGA